AUGCCGCAAACCAAGCCCUACAUCCCGACCUACGUCCUAGGCGUAGGGAUGACGCAGUUUCUCAAGCCUCGCCGCAUCAGGGAAUACCCAGAACUCGGCUACGAAGCAGGCAUAAAGGCAAUGCAAGAUGCCAAAAUCACUUACGACGAUGUCGAAGCCGGCAUUGCUUGCUACUGCUACGGGGAUACCACCAGCGGCCAACGUAUAUUCUACCAGUUCGGGCAGACCUCGAUCCCCAUCUACAACACCAACAAUGCCUGCGCAACGGGCUCCGCGGGUCUGCACCUGGCACGGACAAUGGUAAAAAAUGGAGGCGCAGACUGCGUUCUUGUCAUUGGGUUUGAGCAGAUGCGUCCCGGGUCGAUCAAGAGCGUUUGGGAUGACAGGCCGAGUUCGGUUGGCCCAUCGACGGCACUGAUGGAAAAGACGCACGGGAAGCACAACAGUCCUAGGAAUGCGCAAUAUUUUGCGAACGCCGGUGUGGAGUACAUGAAAAAGGUACACGCUAAUACAAGCAGAUAUGGUGCCAAACCCGAGGACUUCGCGGAGAUAGCUCGGGUUUCACACGAGCACUCUCAGCGCAACCCAUACUCACAGUUCCGAACGGCCUACACCCUUCAAGAGAUCAUGGAUUCAACAAUGAUUCAGCCGCCCUUAACAAAGCUUCAAUGCAGCCCUACCAGCGACGGCGCCGCGGCCGCCGUGGUGGUAUCACAAGCCUUCCUGGAUGCCCGGCCGCAUCUGAAAUCCCAAGCCAUCCUCAUCGCAGGCCAACAACUCCUCACCGACGACCCGUCUGUCUACUCAGGGAGCGCAAUUGACUUAGUAGGCUGGGGCAUGACCAAGCGCGCAGUCACGCAAGCCAUGGCCGAAGCAGGCAUCACGCCAAAGGACGUCACCGUAUGCGAACUCCACGACUGUUUCUCUGCAAACGAGCUUAUCCUGCUGGAUUGCCUUGGUUUCUCAGAACCAGGUAAAGCCCAUGAGCUUGUUCGCCGCGGCGAUAUCACCUACGGCGGCAAGGGCCCGGUAAUCAACCCCUCCGGCGGACUGAUCUCAAAGGGCCAUCCACUUGGAGCAACAGGACUAGCGCAGUGUGCUGAGCUAACCUGGCAGCUCCGCGGAUGGGCCAAUAACCGGCUUGUUGAGAAUACUUCAGUGGCACUGCAGCAUAAUUUGGGUUUGGGGGGUGCAGUUGUGGUUACAGUCUACAAGCGGGCUGAUGGGGGCACGAACAGGAGGCUUUCUGACGAGGAGGUUGCUUCUGCUUCAGGGGUUGGGCAUAAUCCUGCGACGGAGGCGCGUGUUAUUAGGCCCGCCGAUGCAGAGAGGGUGAGAAGUCGGGUGAAGUCCGACUAUCCAUUGGAGGAUACGGUAAAGAAGCUUACUGCGAGGAUUUAG